CGUUGUGCCUUUCACACGAGUCUGUUCGUGUAUGCUCGUUGUGAACGACGACUCACUGCGUUGCGCGCGUUACGCAACUUUUACUUUACGCGCUGCAGUUCCGCGAAUUAAGUUGCCUUAACGCAAUAAACUCAAAGUGUGGAUAUUAGUGGGUUUAAAUUAGUGUUACGGAUUAAAUAUGGUGUAGAUGUUGUGAGAAGUUUAUGUAAACAUGCUGGCCGCAGGUUUUGGGGGCGGCGCACGCCGCCUCUUGGAUUAUUUCUACUUCCCGCAAUAUCUAUUAAUCAUCGCUUGUAUGUUUGCGGUGGUUUCCGGGACGAUUAUGGGCGAUGAAUGCGAUUGGACUGGAAGUGGAUUAACAACGAUUUCGACAAAAAUGGGUCGUGGUGUUACACCGGUUUAUCUACGCUGUACAAGCGGGCGGAUAAAAUGGCUAUACCCUCGUGGAGCACUGCGUGUUUUACUACGUUUGCCUGGGCAAGAUCGCGAGUUUCGUGCGUGUAUCAAAAUACACCCUGAUGUGGACAAACAUGUACCUGCUAGAUUAUUUCUAGAGGGACCUAGAUCACUUCUACCACUUUAUUCGAAUGAUGACGGUGGUAAUAAACUUACAAGAUGUUUCAACAGUAAGAAUAACCAAGUGGCUAUCUACGUGGAGACUGUAGAUGGCGAUGCGGUCGAGAAACGCGUCGCUGAAUUCGAAUAUGAUCUGCAACCGUUGCCGCGAGGUUCGAAGGCGUUCGACCCGACCGAAGAAUGCCGACCGUGUACAAGUGACGAAUUGGCGCAUGCGUUCUGUACAAGUGAUUUGGUUACUCGUGGGACAAUCCACGGCAUAGAAAACGACGAAGACGCGGAAACAUCCCAGAUGGCAAUCAAAAUCACCAAACUAAUCCGUCACACAACCGAAGACGGCGACGAUUUCGACCUGGAAACAAAUUCCCUCAACGCGCCAACGAUUGACAUCGACAAUGAAGUUGUCCUCAACGUCGCGCAACGCUGUGGCGUCUCACACGGCGUGGGUGAAUUCGUUUUCAUGGCGCGGCGUAAACUCGGAGAAUUAACUCUGAAAUGCGCGCCGCGAUUGGAAGAUUGGGCUGUGCUCAUGCAUCAACUCACUGCGGAAGACAAAGCGCAUUGUGUGCUGCAUAGUUAGCACUAAAAGACGAUUUUCAGAAGAAAAAAAAACUUUGAUUGAAACUGUGUUAUUCGCACCACAUUGGCGCGCAAUUGUGUAUAUUUUAUAAAUACGGAAGUGAGUGAAAGAAGAUUUUAUAUAACUAAGAAGAUUUGUAUAUUACUGUACAUUAAUUACGUUCACUUAUUAAUUUUAUAUCUCGCUUGCUUCAUGUACAUUUACAUUGUACACACUCUAAACUUAAAGUUUUUUUUUGUUUGUUUUUUUAUGUAUUUGUUUGAAUUCAGAGUGCCAAACACAGCGCAGAACUUAAUUUUGUCCGCCGCUUGCAUUCCGAAUGCAACGCAAAAUAUGCUUGAAUCAUAUGCGCAUGCGCGCACGUCUUAAUUAUAUUCCUUUAAAUACCUUGGUCGAUCUCAGAGCUUCUUAAAUGCUGAUGUUGCCGGCAUAAAUAAUUUAUAAAUUGUACAUAUUUUUGUAGCGGUAGAGCGAUGAGGGCGAUAUGUAAUAAUGAAGAAAUUGUGAAUGCCAUAAGUCGUAAGAUACAGGAUUCUGUGAUAUGUAUUAUAGAUGAAUUUUUUAUAUAAUGAUUGAUUCGACGCAAGAAACGAUUGAAUCCUCGCGUGAUUGACGAUUGAAUCGGUUUUAUUCACUUUCGGUAUGCGAAUAUGUAAUUUUGUUUUAUUGUGAAUGAUUAAAAGAUUAUAUAUUAAUAACUCA